CCGGGAUCAAACCAAAAUAAAAAAUCUAGAAAGUAAACACGAAAAUGCAUCAAGCUUAUCAGAUACAUUCCAUAUUAAAACAAGGUGUACAUAUAGAGUCCAUAGCGGGUUAUGACAACAAUGUCAUUUUGGGCACUCGUAGUGGGCAGCUGAUUAUGUAUUCCGUGGAUAAAAAUGGCGCUGUGGACAUGCUAAUGUUUAAUAAGAACUUUAGUAAGAAGGCCAUUACUCAAAUGGAAGUAAUAGCCGAAGAGAAUUUACUCUUCGUCCUAACAGAUGCGAUGAUACAUGUUUGUGAUAUAAGCCGCAAGGAAAACAAUUUCACGUUUAUACAUAAUUCACAAUUUACAAAAGGUUGCAGUUUAUUUACAAAGGAUGUUAAGACCACGAAGACGACCACCGGAGAAACAGCUACAGUUAUUCGAGUUUGCUGCGCAAUUAAAAGGCGUUUGCAAUUCUUCUAUUGGAAAUUAAACCUCUUGGCCUCACCUGAUUUCAGUAUUGACUUGAAAGAUAUACCAAAAGCUUUGUGCUGGGUAGAUGAUUUAAUAUGCGUGGGGUAUAAAGAUGAAUAUGUUAUAUAUAACAUCAAAUAUAACAAGACAGAAAAACAUGAUCUUAUUGUGACCUCUUCUUCUUACAAUAUUGAUCCUUGCAUGUGUUUACUAAAGAAUAACAUGUUAGGUGUAUCCAAGGAUGAAUUCCUAGUAGCCAUUGAUCCUAAUGAAUAUUUGAUUAAAAAGGAUGAUAAAUCUAAAGUUCAAGGUUCUGUAGACGUUGCGGCAACAGAUACGAAAACCACUUUAAAACCUAUGGCGUGGUCAAGUCCUUUAUUAGCUUUGGUAUGGGAUGCCCCUUUUGUGGUGGGUCGUGUAACUAAUGGCCUGGAGAUACGGUAUUUGGAAAGUAAUGGUAUUAGUAAGGAUACUUUAGUGCAAAGCAUACCUGAAUUAAAUAAGACAAAACAUUUGGUACGCUCUGCUCCUGGCACCAUAUUUGCGGCCGCCUUAUCCGAAUUAUGGUGCAUCAGAUUAGUGGAUAUUUCCAUACAAAGGCAUCAACUAUUACAGCAAAAGAAAUUUGGUUUGGCGAUCGAAUUAACGCAUAUUUCUGAGGAACCGGAUGCUCUUAAAUCUGAUAUAAUCCGACAAAUACAUAUGCGCUAUGCGAAAGAAUUAUUUGCACUUAAGCAAUUUUCAUCAGCCAUGACUGAGUUCGCUAAAGCGUCAGCGGAUCCGUAUGAUGUUAUACGUUUAUUUCCCAAUUUACUUCACGAUCAGGCCAAGCCGACAACGAAGGAUAGUUUUGACGCUACUGUACCCACGUUUCCUAUGCCUCAGUUAGAAGAUAAAGAUUUGGAAAAUGCAAUUUUAGCUUUAAUUGAAUUUUUGGCUUUGGCCCGUCAAAAAGAAGUCGUCAAACUGCGUGAUACGAAAAGUAGCUCGAAAUCGCUGCUAUCCAUCAUCGAUACCACUCUUCUUAAGUGUUAUUUGCAAACAAAUGAUUCAUUGAUUGCACCCCUCUUGCGGUUAAAUCAAUGUCAUUUGGAAGAAUCGGAGAAAACUUUAAAGAAACAUGAUAAAAUGUCCGAAUUGAUUAUAUUGUAUCAAACAAACGGUAAACAUCGCAAGGCAUUGGAGUUAUUGCAAGCUCAAGCGAUUAAAGAGGGCUCCAGCUUAUACGGCCACGAACGUACGAUACGUUAUCUGCAACAAUUAGGCUCCUCCCAUUUGCAAUUAAUUUUAGAAUUUUCCGAUUGGGUUUUGAAGGCCGAUCCCGAGCAAGGCCUACGCAUAUAUACGGAAGAUUUUAUUGAAGUGGAAAAUUUACCGCGAGCAAGUGUUCUAGAUUUUCUACUAACACGUCAUAAACUAUUGGUUAUACCGUAUCUGGAGCAUGUGAUUAAUGUUUGGCACGAUAAUAAUACAUUUUUACAUAACGUUCUAAUCAAACAAUAUCUUGAAAAAGUGCAACAAUUAAUGAAAGAAUUAGAUAAAGAAGAAGACGAAGAAAAGUGUGAGCAUAAAACUGAGAAAAUGGAAACUUUGAAUAAAUACCGUACGAAAUUAUAUAAUCUAUUAAAAAUAUCGUAUAACUAUUCACCCGAUGUAGUAUUAAAGGAUUUCCCCACAAAUACGAUGCUGGAAGAGCGAGCUCUAAUAUUGGGCCGCUUAAAGAAACAUGAAAAAGUUUUAGCCAUCUAUAUACAAAUAUUGGGUAAUGUGAAAAAGGCGGCAGAAUAUUGUGAAACGCACUACGACGAGGAUCAAGAUAUUUUCUUUAUAUUAUUGAAAACAAUUUUAAGUCCGCUUAAUCAACCGCCCUAUGAAGGUAUACAGUUGCAUAAAGAUUUCUUAAAACCAAAUCAUGACGUAGUUGUGGAUCUAUUGAAUAAAUAUGCAAUCAGGAUUGAUCCUUGUAAGAUAUGGCCAUUUUUACCGAAAGAUAUGCCAUUGCAUCGCUUACAAAAUUAUUUGGAUACAGUGCUACGUACACAAAUGGCGGAGAGUCAUCAUUUGGAGAUGAAGAAGGCUUUACUGACCGCGGAAAUAUCACGUGUGGAGGGAUUGAUACGUGAUCAGCAGAAUAUUAGUUUCGAAAUCAAUGAAUUCAGUGUAUGUCCCGAGUGUAGAAAGCGUUUCACUAAUCAAAGCGUUUUUGUACGCUAUCCGAACGGUGAUGUGGUCCAUCUGUCUUGCCAUGAUAAGCGAGUAAUGGCCUCCAAUUUAUUUGGUAAUUAAUAAUGGAAAGUUUGCGUUUUUCAAAUUUUUUU